AUGGACGUAUGGUACAACCUGGAAAAGCGCACCGACAAAUCGGCCGUGUCCGGCGCCAUUCGGCUUCACAUCUCCGUGGAGAUCAAGGGAGAGGAGAAGGUGGCCCCCUACCACGUGCAGUACACGUGCCUGCACGAGAACCUGUUCCAUUACCUGUGCGAAAUGAACAACGGGGUGGUCACCCUUCCGGAGAACAAGGGGGAUGACGCGUGGAAGGUGUAUUUUCACGAUGCGGCCGAGGAGAUCGUGGACGAGUUCGCUAUGCGAUAUGGCAUCGAGUCCAUCUAUCAAGCAAUGACACAUUUCCACUGCCUCUCAACAAAAUAUCUAUGUCCUGGAGUACCAGCUGUGAUGAGUACCCUUCUAGCCAAUAUCAACGCCUACUAUGCCCACACCACUGCGCUGUCAGCUGUAUCAGCUAGUGACAGAUUUGCUGCAUCCAAUUUUGGCAAAGAAAAAUUCGUCAAACUGCUGGAUCAACUGCACAACUCUCUCCGUAUCGACCUCUCUAUGUACAGAAACAACUUCCCUGCUUCCAGUCCAGACAAGCUCAAGGACCUCAAGUCCACCGUCGACCUGCUCACCAGCAUCACGUUCUUCCGCAUGAAGGUGCAAGAACUGGCUUGCCCUCCCAGAGCUAGCACCGUGGUCAAGGACUGCGUGAAGGCCUGCCUAAGAUCCACGUACCAGUUCCUCUUCGAGAAUACUUACGAGUUGUACAACAGGGAGUUCCAGUCGGAUCCUAACGAGCCCAAACGGGAUUCGGAAGACCACGGACCAAGGCUAGACAGCGUAGACUUCUGGCACAAGCUGAUAGCUCUAAUAGUUUCGGUUAUAGAAGAGGACAAGAAUAGUUAUGGUCCUGUUUUGAAUCAGUUCCCUCAGGAACUCAAUAUUGGACAGUUAUCAGCAGCUACAAUGUGGAGUCUGUUUGCUGUCGAUAUGAAAUACGCUCUAGAAGAACACGAACAACACAGACUGUGCAAGUCUUCAGCGUACAUGAACCUGCACUUCAAAGUGAAAUGGCUGUAUUCCAACUACGUCAAAGAUGUGCCGCCUUACAAGGGAGCAGUCCCAGAAUAUCCAGCUUGGUUCGAACCGUUCGUCAUGCAGUGGUUGAACGAAAACGACGACGUCUCCCUGGAAUAUCUACAUGGUGCCUUCAAUAGAGAUAAAAAGGAUGGAACCUGGUCUAUGCUGCUAACCCUGGUUAACCACAACAAGGUAACGCUUCAAAGGCUACCAAGGCAUAAGGGAAUUGAAUGCAAUGAAGCAGCGAACGCUCUUGCUAGGCAAGGGUCUGCGGCGUUGAUUAUGGGACCGGAACCUACCUUCGGAAUCCCCACAACCAGAGACAUCAGAGACAUUGGAACAACGUUCCAGGACAAAGACACAUUCCAGAAGAGCAGCGAGCACACUUUGUUCUCUAAUUCUGUGGUGGACGUGUUCACCCAACUGACGCAGUGUUUUGAUGUGGUGUCCAAGCUCGAAUGCCCUGAUCCGGAGAUAUGGAAGCGCUACAUGAAACGGUUCGCCAAAACGAUAGUGAAAGUUCUCAUUGCUUACGCUGAUAUCGUCAAGAAAGAGUUUCCAGAACAUCUUAAAGAAGAGAGAAUAGCUUGCAUACUAAUGAAUAACAUUCAACAACUUCGAGUACAACUGGAGAAAAUGUUCGAAUCCAUGGGUGGAGAUAAGCUGGAAGAGGACGCGGCCAACAUCCUGAAAGACCUCCAACAAACGCUCAACGGUUGCUUGGACGACCUCGCCCAAUAUUUCGCCACAAGCUUGGAGCACAGGAUAACGGUGAGUGUGAAGGAACUGGCAGACCUCCUUCUGGCCAUCAAAGGCGGUGGUCAGCCAGGUCAGCUCAAUCAACCCGCACAAAGGAAUGCCGUGGCAGUAGAAGCCGAUGAGGUGCUGAGGCCUCUGAUGGACCUACUGGACGGAUCACUGUCACUAUACGCUCAAUCGUGUGAAAAAACAGUGCUGAAGAGGUUGCUGAAGGAGCUGUGGAAGAUAGUCAUGAGGAUAUUGGAGAAGACCGUUGUUCUUCCACCCAUGACAGAUAAAACGAUGAUGUUCAAGAGCUUGACAGACAACGCUAAGAACUUAGCGGCCAAUACGAAGAUAGAAGACAUGUCGAAACUGUUCAAGAACCACAUGACCGGCAAGCAAGACGUGAAGAAUGCUCUGAGCGGGGUGAUGGACAUCUCGAAGGAGGUGGAAAAGAACCUAUCCCCCAAGCAAUGCGCGGUGUUAGACGUGGCAUUGGACACUAUCAAACAGUAUUUCCACGCAGGUGGAAACGGACUGAAGAAGGCCUUCCUAGACAAGAGUUCGGAGUUGCAGAGUCUGCGCUAUGCCUUAUCUUUAUAUACUCAGACUACUGAUACGCUCAUCAAAACGUUCGUUACAACCCAACUGAAUGAAGUGCCGCUAAAUAAUAAACAAACGAUGCUGCAAAGACAAAUCUCGAUAAGAGAUGACACAGAAACCGAGGCAGGACUAGAAGCCCUAGAAGAACCCUUGAAAGCUAAAAAGAGAAGGGAAAGUGAUAGCCAACCAGAUAACAUAGAUGGACCUGAAGGAAGCGUAGGGGAAGUUUCUAUACAAGUAGACCUCUUCACUCACCCUGGAACUGGAGAACAUAAAGUCACUGUCAAAGUUGUGGCAGCGAAUGACUUGAAGUGGAACCUAGUAUCAGGCAUGUUCAGGCCUUUCGUUGAAAUCAAUCUCAUAGGACCACAUCUAUCUGAUAAGAAAAGAAAGCAUGCCACCAAAUCCAAAGCCAAUAACUGGUCCCCAAAGUAUAACGAAACAUUUCAUUUCAUCAUCGGUAAUGAAGAACAGUUGGACUGUUUCGAACUACACAUAUGCGUCAAGGAUUAUUGUUUCGCCCGAGAAGAUAGACUAGUCGGAGUGGCAGUUAUGCAACUCAAGGACAUCGUUGAGAAGGUAAAUAGGCUCCUGUGCAUGCUGGUUGUCCCUCGGAAAGCGGAUCCAAAUGGACGAAACGGGUUGGACCAUCCUCAGAAUACUGUCGCAACGCACAAACGACGAAGUGGCCAAAGAGUUCGUCAAGCUGAAAUCAGAUAUCCGGCAAGAGAAUCCCCUGCCCAAUCAAUAAGGACCCAUUCCGCGAUAGUGGCGCCCUUCGAGUGACUGUGGAGAACAGUUUUUGUAUACAUAUUCUGUACGUGAAGUGUAAAAAUAAAUAGUUAAAGGACCGUCCUGACAGACUGAUGUUGAAAAUAUUCCACGCAUCAUUACAUUCUAAUAAUGAUAAUAUCAAUGUGCCUCCCAACUUGUACAUUCAAACAAUAAUUUAUCACGAUUUUCAACCAUGAACGUGUAUCAUCAUCAUCAUCGGCAUCGUAAAAUAGUGAAAUUGUAAAAUAUCGCAAUAAAAGCAUACUUUUUACAUUUCUCUCAUAUUGUAACUUAAAAUGUGAUUCAACUAGUCUAAGACAUAUUGGAUAGGUGAAAAUUAUAUCAUAGAUAUUUUUUAUGAUACAUAUUAGUUCGGAGGUUUGCCAUAACGAUUGUGCUUUUUGUGGUUACAAAAAUUAGUCCUACUAAUAGGGGUUGUUUCUUUGAUACCAGGAUCACAACCCUCAAUUACUUUUGAAUGAAU